AUGGCAGCGGAGCUCCCGGAGGACGCCCUGGGCAGGCGGGUGUUGUGCGGCCAACACCGAGCAACGGUCCGCUUCGUGGGCGCCGUGCCGCCUACCGAAGGCGUAUGGUUGGGCGUGGAGUGGGACGACCCGACCAGAGGGAAACACGACGGCUCUCGUGAAGGCGUGCGCUACUUCACCUGCAGCCACCCGACGGGAGGCUCCUUCGUGCGUCCGUCCAAGGCCAGCUUCGGCGCAGAUUUCCUUUCGGUGUUGCGGCAAAGAUACGACGACGAGGAGUCGGACGAGGAGAUCAAAGUUUCCGGCAAGACGCUGAAGUGGACCGAGGUCAAGGAGCGCAGUCUGGAGAGCUUUUCUGUCAUCUUGCUGGAAAACUGCCCGGUGAACGGGCCGGGAGUGGAUGGACAGAUCCGCCAGACCACGCCCAAUGUGCGCUGGUUGAACCUGAGCGGCUCCCUGCUGUGCGGCUGGGACGACGUGGCCGCCGUGGCUCGGCAGCUGGAGCAUUUGGAAGGUCUUCAUCUCAGUUUCAACCGACUGCGUUUACCCUCGGAGAUCGCGGCGCACCGAGGGGCUUUCAAUAACCUCCGGGUCUUGACCCUCAUGAGCUGCCGGCUGACGUGGACGCAGGUCCUGGAGUGCGCCCCCAUGUGGCCGCACCUGGAGGAGCUCAUCGUGGAGGACAACGACAUUACGCGCUUGCACAGGCCCGAGGGCGUCUUCGGAGAGCUCAGGUGUCUCGACCUGUCCAAAAACCCUCUGCAGCAGGACAGCUUGCUCAACCUGGCCCAUCUGCCUAGACUACAGCAUUUAAUCAUGACUGACACAGACUUCUGUGACAUCCGCUUCCCUGACGCCGCGCCAGGAGCGGAGACAUCGUCGUUCGCGUCGCUGGAGAAUCUCAACUUGAGCUGCAACCGCAUCUCCGAGUGGCGCGUGAUCGACGAGCUGGGCAAGCUGCCGUCGCUUCGCCAGCUUUGGUGUCGCGGGAACUUCUUAGUCAGCGAUGACCGCAACCCUAAGACGGCCAAUCAGAUGCUCAUCGCCAAACUACCACACCUUUGCAUCCUCAAUGGAACCGAGGUGACCCUGCAGGAGCGGAAGGGUGCGGAAUGCGACUACCUCAAGAUGUUCGGAGAGGAAUGGAUGCAGUCCGUGGCGCGGAGUCCAUCCCGCCGGGAGUUUUCCAAUCGCCAUCCUCGUUACAGCGCCCUGGUGGACAAGUACGGCGCUCCGGAAGAAGGCGAGCUGAAAAAGCGUCAGCCCUUCGCUCUUAAAAAUCAGCUGCUAAAGAUCACCUUUGUGUUUGCGGACGAGGAGUCCCGAACGCCGCUGGUGAAGAAACUUCCGGUCACUAUGGAGGUCCGUAAGGUCAAAGGCCUUCUGGCCAGGAUCAUGAAAGUCCCCGUCAGCGACCUCAAGCUGAGUUACACUAGCGCUAAAGUCGUCGGUCCGGAGUACGACAUGGACGGCGACCUGAAGACCUUGUUUUUUUACAACGUGGAGGACGGAGACACCAUCCUGGUACGGCGCUCGUAA